AUGAUAACUCCCGCCAGAACCGACUGCUACUCCGAGAUGAUGCUCACCCAGGCCACAAGCACACCAGCUCAAGACUGUCCUUGGCCUUUGCAAAUUCAGGUUGCAAAAACGGACUUCCAAAUAGAUAGAGGAGCGGACCACGUGGACGAGGCACUGGGCAGCCUCCCUGUGAAGCUUCGCGGCGCUGCCUUGAGCCAGUACCGGACACGCGAGCUAAAAAAGGGCAAGCAGGGGGGACGUGACCCGCGGGCGCUGAGGCCACCUGUUCCCGGCAGCCAAUUGGCCGGCCCCGGGGCGCGGCUACAAAAGGAGCGCGCGCGGCGGCAGGCUGGGAGCUGGCGGCGCGAGGGCGGUGGCUGGGACCUUUGUGCACGCCGAGCAGCCAGGACCAGGGCGAUGCUGAGGGUGCGGUGUCUGCGCGGCGGCAGCCGAGGUGCCGAGGCGGUGCACUACAUCGGUUCUCGGCUUGGAGGAUCCUUGACAGGAUGGGUGCAGCGAACUUUCCAGAGCACCCAGGCAGCUACAGCUUCCUCCCGGAAUUCCUUUGCGGCUGAAGACAAGGCCACCGAUCCUCUGCCCAAGAACUGCCCUGUCUCCUCUUACAAUGAAUGGGACCCUUUAGAGGAAGUGAUAGUGGGUAGAGCAGAAAAUGCCUGUGUUCCACCAUUCACGGUUGAGGUGAAGGUAAGCAAGGGUUUCCAAGCAAGGGUUCUCUCCUCAGCAUCUGCAGCCUGAUUCUGCUCCCACCCC